GGAGAAAAUAUUUGCUCUGAGACGCUCCUCUUCCUCUUGGGUCCUCUCCGGCCACAUCGGAAUUAUAGAAAGAGAAAUCAGCUGAAAAUCUCGCCGGUCUACGGAGAAAAAGGGGAGAGUUAGCAGAGAUGAUAACGUCGCCGGUGGUGAACACAUAUCCUCUAGCCAGCUACAGCUUCGGCACCAAAGAGCCGAAGAUGGAAAAGGACACCUCCGUCGCCGAUCGCCUUGCUCGCAUGAAAGUCAAUUACAUGAAGGAGGGAAUGAGGACUAGUGUUGAAGGAAUUUUGUUGGUACAAGAGCAUAAUCAUCCUCAUAUUCUUCUUCUUCAAAUUGGGAACACUUUUUGCAAACUUCCUGGUGGGCGCUUGAAGCCUGGAGAGAAUGAAAUUGAGGGGUUGAAAAGGAAACUCUCCAGCAAACUUGCAGCUAAUAAUUCCGCUGUUCAGCCAGAUUGGCAGAUUGGAGAAUGUGUGGCCAUCUGGUGGAGGCCAAAUUUUGAAACAAUCAUGUAUCCAUAUUGCCCCCCACACAUAACAAAACCUAAGGAGUGCAAAAAGCUCUUCCUGGUUCAUCUGUCUGAGAGAGAGUACUUUGCUGUCCCCAAAAACUUGAAACUUCUUGCUGUGCCAUUGUUUGAACUCUAUGACAAUGUUCAGAGAUAUGGACCUGUCAUAUCCACAAUUCCACAGCAGCUGUCUCGGUUCCAGUUCAACAUGAUCCAUCCAUAGUUUCAUGACAUCCAAGAACUCAUGCCCAUGCAGAACAUAGAGGACAUCAAAUUAACCGGGUAUAGGUCCAAUUUGAAGAUACUAGAACAAACACUCGAGACACAAAACCCCUCUUUUCUACUUAGACAUUGAAGUGAAACCGCAAAACAUGCAUGAAUUUAGGUCUUUUUAUGUUUUAUUUAUGAUGGAUGAUAUUGCUGCUGAUAUUUGGAUGGUGUAAUUUUGAAGACAGGGUUCAUCUGUUGUAGACAUGUAACUUAUUUUAUUUGUAUUUUUUUUGGGGCACAUCAUACUAGAUGGGGGUAGAAGUCUUAACACAUGUAGUCGUCGUGAUUAAAUUGCAAAAUAUCUGUAGGUUUUGAAUGACUCUUGCGGCUGAGUUGGUGAAAUGCUUGACAUGUUUAGGAUGUAAGUUUCCAAAAGACAGCAAUUUGUGUAUUUAGCAGUGAUUUAUCAAUUCAAGAAUGUUUUUUGUUUUAGAUCAAA